AUGCAGUUUCGAUUUGUCAUUCAUGGCUUGGGCGGAUCCGGGAAAACACAGUUCUGUUCUAAGUUUGCAGAGAUGAAUCGCGAGAGGUAUUUAGACACCAAACAUACAAUCGUUUUCUGCCUUCAAUUGCUAAACUCUGUUGACAGUUUCUGGGGAGUAUUCUGCAUCGACGCAACCUCGCAUGAAACCAUCAAACAAACAUAUAUCGAGAUUAGCAAACGAGGAAAGGUCGAGCCAAACUAUGCCUCGGCGAUGAACUGGCUCUCCAACAAUGAAGGGAGAUGGUUAUUGAUUAUCGACAAUGCGAAUGAUCCUCGAAUCGAUUUGGAGCAAUAUUUCCCCGGGGGAAUCGUGGAUAUAUUUUCAUUACCACCCGAAACCCAGAUCACAUACAGCACGGCAAUGUCGGCCCCGGAUUCUUUGAAUUUCAGGGCAUGA